AUGUUCUUCUAUUCACCGAAUGCUCGACUAUCGACAAGUGGUCCAGCACGACGACCAACCCUUUCACAUGCUACAUUUCUAAAUGUUGGCCAUCUUGACACUAGGCUAUCCUAUCAGAUUCCGGAAAUCCUGUCUCGUCAUCAUACCACGGAAACACAGGAGCUACUACGGAAUCUCCCAGAAGAACUUCGUGUUGAGCAACGGCAAAGCUUCGCUCUGCCUUUUCGACACGACCUCCAUGCCCAAGACCGAGUCGAGCUCUGUGCUUCACCGGUUUCCCCCGUAUUCUCGACAACCGAAGCACGUCGAACCAGUCGGCAACAGAAGGUUUUUCUUCGUCGUCCCACAAUUUCCAUUCAAGACGAUGGGAAAAUCGUGAUAGAUCAUGUGACAGCCAGAUGGGAAGGUGUACCGUUGAAUUCACAAUCGGCGUUAAUUGACGCCGAUGAUGGCGCCACUGUCAUCACCGAUACCAUCAAAGAUGACGCUGAACGACAAGAGCCGAAAAGCUGCCCACAGCAAACUGUCAAGUAUAUCAAAAUCCUCACACCUCAUGUCAUACUGGUUGCCGUACUUAUUGGUUAUUUGUGCCUCGGAGCAUGGAUACUUAUGCUUCUCGAAACGAGAACAGAACUUUUAGCUCGAUCAAGAAAACUUGUUCGACUAACCAAUAUGAUGUCCAAUUUCACUGCGGAAAGUUGGCGGAUACUGAACGAAGCUCAACAUGGUGGUCGUUUAGUUGACGAGCAAGAUUGGGCAGCAGCGUUUCGGGAAUGGAUGCUAUCAGUAUCGGAAGUGGUCGACGAUCGGCGACCGAUCCGUCGAGAGCUAAACCGACCGGAUGAUCUUGCCAAUAUGCAUAAUAAGUGGACAUUUCCAACAGCAUUACUCUACGUACUUACCGUAUUGACCACUUGUGGUUACGGUGAAGUAUCCGUAGAUACAGAUGUUGGUAAAGUGUUUGCUGUGGUUUUCGCACUUGUUGGUAUUCCUCUUAUGUUCAUCACUGCAGCCGAUAUCGGCAAAUUCCUCUCAGAAACAUUGCUCAAGUUUGUUAGCAAUUGGAAUAGGAUGACACGGAAAAUCAAACAAUGGAUCUACCGGAGUCGUCAUGGCCGGCGGAAGUCUAUGCAGUCGUCGAAUGGUAACACUGACACGUUAGACAUUCUUGGUGUUGAUGGGACUGAAGAGAAACUGUGGUUUCCUAUCGGAGCCUAUGUUGCUUGCAUUUGUUUAUAUUGCUCUAUGGGAUCAGCCAUGUUUAUAAAUUGGGAACGCACUUGGUCUUUCAUUCAUGCCUUUCACUUUGGAUUCAAUUUGAUAGUGACGGUUGGAUUGGGAGACAUUGUUGUCAAAGAUUAUAUAUUUCUUUCACUCAUUGUCGCCUUUGUCAUCGUCGGUCUUUCCGUAGUAACUAUGUGCGUUGAUUUGGCGUCCACACAUCUCAAGGCCUACUUCACUCGAAUCCAUUACUUUGGACGAGCGAAAAGAUUCUUGGGAAUGAGUGAAGAGCUGAAAGAAAUCGUCGCACUGCUCGGAGCGAUGAGGCGGAAAAAAGGCGGAAAGGUAACGUGGAAUGACGUGCGAGAUUUCCUUGACAACGAAUUGCGUGAUCGACCAUUUGAGCCUCAUGAAUUGCUUAUGAAAUUACGGUUUAUUGAUGAAACUUCAUCAGGAAUGUCAACUAUUCGGCAUAACUCCUUCCAGUCGGACUUUUUCCGAGAAUCGGAAUACAUACGUCGGGUGCAAGCGUUGAGACCAGAACAACCAGCUUACCUCUAA